GUGUGAGAGUGAGUGCAGUAGAGAGGGGUGGUCCUGAUUCCUGCGCUCCUGGAAACCAAACCAUUGCCUGUUUGUAUGUUUACAGAUUCGCACAAUCGUCUGUCAGUCUGAAAUCAACCGGAGCCACAUUUGAAGCGGUGCAAUAUGGAUCCAGUCGGAGGGAUAUCUGCAACAAUAUACACCAGCAGGCUCCGAGCCGAAGGCAUGGGCUCCAACGAGCAGGCUGUGCACUUUGCCAACCAGGACUACGAGGCACUGAAACAAGAGUGCGUGGAGUCGGGCUCCCUGUUUGAAGACCCCUGUUUCCCAGCUGAGCCUCCAUCCCUGGGCUUUAAGGAGCUUGCGCCUCAUUCCUCUAAAACUAGAGAUGUGGAGUGGAUAAGACCCACGGAACUGACGCAGGACCCUCAGUUCAUUGUGGGCGGUGCCACCAGAACAGACAUUUGUCAGGGAGCCCUUGGUGAUUGUUGGCUCUUGGCGGCCAUCGCCUCGCUCACUCUAAAUGAGAAGCUUCUUCAUCGUGUUGUCCCACACGGGCAGACCUUCCAAGAUGAUUAUGCUGGAAUUUUCCACUUUCAGUUUUGGCAGUUUGGCGAAUGGGUGGAUGUUGUGAUUGAUGACCGGCUGCCUGUCAAAGAUGGGGAGCUCAUGUUUGUCCAUUCGGCUGAGGGCAAUGAAUUCUGGAGUGCACUCAUGGAGAAGGCUUAUGCGAAACUAAAUGGAUCCUACGAGGCACUGUCUGGAGGAAGCACCACUGAAGGCUUUGAAGACUUCACAGGUGGCGUGUCUGAGAUGUACGAGCUCCGCAAGGCUCCCAGAGAUCUGUACAGGAUUAUCGGUAAAGCCCUGGAGAGAGGCUCACUGUUGGGCUGCUCUAUAGAUAUCACCAGUGCCUUUGACAUGGAGGCUGUAACAUUCAAGAAGCUUGUGAAGGGCCACGCCUACUCAGUGACUGGACUGAAGGAGGUUGAUUUUCAAGGCGACAUGACACGUUUAAUCCGUGUACGUAAUCCUUGGGGCCAGGUGGAGUGGACUGGUGCCUGGAGUGACAAUUCAUCUGAAUGGGACGAGAUCGACCCUUCUGAACGAGAGGACUUGCAUCUUCAGAUGGAAGACGGGGAGUUCUGGAUGUCCUUCAGUGAAUUCUUGAGACAGUUUUCUCGACUAGAGAUCUGUAACCUGACGGCUGAUGCUCUGAGCGAGGACGCUGUCAGCCACUGGAACACCAUGAAGUUCUACGGCACAUGGAGAAGAGGCAGCACCGCUGGAGGCUGCAGGAACCACCCCAACACAUUUUGGAUCAACCCUCAGUAUAAGAUCACGUUACUGGAGGAGGAUGAUGACCCGGAGGACGAUGAGGUGGCGUGCAGUUUUUUAGUAUCUCUCAUGCAGAAGGAUCGUCGCAGGUAUCGUCGCCAAGGUCAGGACAUGCACACCAUCGGCUUUGCUCUCUAUGAGGUCCCAGAAGAGUACAGAGGCUGCCACAAUGUCCACUUGAAGAAAGAUUUCUUUCUGAGACACUCGUCAUGUGCACGCUCGGAGACAUUCAUUAACAUGAGAGAAGUGAGCACACGGCUGCGUCUGCCACCUGGGGAGUACAUCGUCGUCCCCUCGACCUUUGAGCCCAGUAAAGAGGCUGACUUUGUCCUCAGAGUCUUCACUGAGAAGCAAUCAGAAACGGAAGAACUGGAUGAUGAAAUCUCUGCUGAUUUAGGAGAUGAUGAUGAAAUAACUGAAGAUGAUAUUGAUGAUUCCUUUAAGUCCAUGUUUGCCCAGCUAGCAGGAGAGGAUAUGGAGAUUUCAAUUCGAGAGCUCAGGACUAUUCUGAACAGAGUCGUAUCCCGGCACAAAGACCUGAAGACUGAUGGCUUCAGUAUGGAGUCCUGUAGGACCAUGGUCAAUCUAAUGGAUAAAGAUGGUAGCGCCCGUUUGGGACUGGUGGAAUUUCAGAUCCUCUGGAACAAGAUCCGGAACUGGCUGGGCAUUUUCAGACAAUAUGACCUUGACAAGUCUGGUGCCAUGAGCUCAUAUGAGAUGCGCCUUGCUGUGGAAGCAGCAGGUUUCAAACUAAAUAACAGACUGAACCAGCUUCUGGUGGCCCGGUAUGCAGAGAACGAGAUGAUUGACUUUGACAACUUCAUCUGCUGUUUGGUCAAGCUGGAAGCCAUGUUCAGGUCUUACCGGCAGUUUGACAAGGAGGGGUCAGGAGUGGCUGAGAUGAAUGUCACAGAGUGGCUUUACAUGACAAUGUGCGGAUGAAGCGGAGUCUUUGAUAGAGGAGCAUGCAGAGUAUGCAGGUACAGACAUCCAUGAAACCGGAGCCCUGAAGACCCCUCAGCCUUAGCCUCAAACUGGUCCUUUAACACUCUCCCACCUCCGCAACUAAAGUAGCAAAAAGAUAGUUGUGUAACAUAAAACCAAAGUCCAAGAUGCAUCUCCCAGCUGGAUUUAAGAAACUAUGCAAACACACAGUAUUAAGCAGUCCAUGUGCUUUUCCAACCCUUCAUAUCUUAAAAACAGCAUGAGUCUGUGCAUGACAAAAAAACACUAACUGUAUAAUGCAUGCACGGUAACGGCUGAUUUUAUAUUUCUACAAUUAGAAUUUGCUGUCUGUAUGACUUUGUGAUUUAUGACCCAUAUUAGCCUCUCUCUCAGAGAAUGAAAAAAAUAUAUUUUAAGAUGUACGUCCUUUACUGUAGAAUUUUAAAGUGAAGUCUUAUAGUCUUCAUCAUUCUGCCAUGAUCUAAAUUUUUCGCAACCAAAUUUAUUUUGCAAAUAAAAGGUGCUUCGAGAGCACAAACCUCUGCCAACACAUCAGUGAUAUAACCAACAACCAACUCCUUUUUUCUCAACAAAUUGUGCCACUGUACAAACUGAAUAAGUUAUAUAUUUGUAUAGUAACUGAAUAAGGAUCCCCUCAUAAGAAUAUUUUAUACCCAUAAUCUGGAUCAUUGUUUAGAUCUCCUCCAAACUUGAACAGUUAACAGAUGUUAGCACUCUACAUAUGUCUUAUUUUCUUUCAGUAGUGACCUCUGUAGGAUUUCUUCAAUUUUUGUUAAAUGCCGUUGAAGAAAGAAAAAACCUCCACCCCAUAAAUGAAUCUGCCCUAAAAGGUAAUGGAUUCCUUGGCCCAUACAUCAUUUCAUUAAUUGAAGUUCAGUAGUUUAUUGUAACACAUACAGCACUGGAAUCAUAAUCUCCAUGGUAGAAGUAAAUGUAUAAAGAAAUCAUCACCAUAGUGUUAAAUUGAUAAUGUAAUUAUUGUGCCUGUACUGUAGGUGGCAGUAGAGACUUGAUCUGAUUCAGCAGAAACUUUUAAUUUUUGGCUUUUGCCAUUGAAGUUUAGCCUUUAUUUUUGACCAGUAUUAUCUUUAUUUGAAGUCAAACUGACAACCUUGAUUGUUUUUUAAUUUUGCACUAGGAUUUUAGUUAAAGGAAGCAGUGACACUGACUCACAUUCAUGAGAAAUACUGUUCAUCAGUUCACUUGAGUGACUUUUGCAGGGAUCAUAUGAUACUGAAUGCCUUAUAUAUGACGCCAUGAUGUUGUAAUCUGUUAAAAAUGUGCCACUCAUGUGUUGUGAAUGUAUGUUGUGCCUUCAAUAAAAAAAUAUCUUGUGGUUUAA